AUGGGAGGGAGGGCUCAGGCCCUAGCUAGCUUUCCACUUGGGCAUGGCGCGCGCUCCAUACAUACCUCGACAUCGUCACCGUCUCUGUCCCCCCGUCGUCCACCUUCUCGCCGUCGCCUGCGUCUGCUGCGUCCCUUACACUCCCGCAUGACGUCCAGCGCCGGGGCUCCAGCCCUCAUGUCCCACCACCAGAGCUUCCAGAGCCAGUACUCGUCCUUCUCCCACAGCACUCUGCGCGACACGCAGAGCUCACAGGCCACAACCGCCUCGACCCUCUUCGCCCAAACCCAAUCUCAAGCCCACGACCACGCCCACGACCACCCCGCCGCCCCCCUUCCCCCCACAACGCCCGUCACGUCUGGAGGCGGAGGCGGCGGCGGCGGCGGUAGCGGUGGCAGCGGAGGCCCUGUAGAGGCCAGCGACAAUGUCCUCAACAAGCGCGCCGACAAGGACACGUCGCUGUUCCAACGCUGCCUGACGCUGCAGCUGCGUCUGCGUGCCAUUCCGGGCUUCAACCGCUGGAUGGCCGAGGAGGAGCUCAAGGCCGACGACGAUGCCGACCCCGUCACCCUGCUCUGGCGCACCUUCCGCCGCGGCUAUCCUCUAAUGGAGCUCUACAACGCCCUCGGGCCCCGCCAACUGCUCAACGUGCCUAGCAGCAAGACGGACGAGAAAAGCCUCAAGAAGAAUGAGAAGAUGGCCACGUACAAGUUCAUGGCGAGCUGCGUCGCCGAGCUGCACAUCCCCCAGGAGAGCUGCUUCAUCCUGGGCGACCUCUACGGCGACGACACGACAGGCUUUGUCAAAGUCAUCAAUGUCGUCAACCGCGUGCUGGAUGAGCUCGUCGCUCAGGGCAAAAUUGCGGGCGCCGCCGAUACGUCUGACCCCAUCGGCGGCCCGCAAACCAAGCGCACCCAGCGCGAGCACAUCAUCGACGAGCUCGUCAAGACCGAACGCACCUAUGUCCAGCAUCUCGAGCUGCUGCAGGAAUUCAAGAAGCUCGUCGAAGAGAAGGGCGUCAUCAGCGGCGACCAAGUCCACGACAUCUUCCUCAAUCUCAAUGCCCUACUCGAUUUCCAGCGCCGCUUCCUGAUCCGGGUCGAGCAAACCAACGCCCAGCCACCCGAGGAACAGAAUUGGGGCCACCUCUUUGUGCUGUACAAGGAUGCGUUCAAAGUCUAUGAGCCGUACAUUGCAAAUCAGCGCAAGUGUGAGCAGAUCGCCAUGCGCGAAUUCGAAAAACUCAAGGAAACAGGAGGCCCACCUGAGAUGCGGCAGAUGGUCGAAUCGCCCACUCUGCUAACCUCUUUUCUUUUGAAGCCCUUCCAGCGCCUGACCAAGUAUCCCCUCCUGCUUCAGCAACUUCGAGAUAAGGGUGACCUGGACGAGCAGAGAAGAGAGGACAUCUCCAAGGGUAUCGAGGCCGCCUCGUCUGUGCUUGCGGGCACAAAUGAUGCCAUUGCCCGGGAAGAGCGUGUAGAAGCGGUCGAACAGCUCAAGAUGCUGGUGGAAGAUUGGAAAGGCCACCGCAUCGAGGGCUUCGGAGAGCUGCUUUUGCACGGCCAUCACACGGUACUCAAAGGCGAGAGCAUGACUUCCAAAAACGAAGAACGAGAAUACAAGAUCUACCUCUUUGAAAUGAUUCUCCUCUGUUGCAAGGAGAUCAAUAUCAACAAGCCAAAGAAUAAAAUGUCGACGAGAUCACUAGUCACCAAGGAUGGCAAGCCCAAACUACAGCUCAAGGGACGCAUAUUCAUGCAGAAUGUCACCGAGACUAUAUCUCUGCAAAAGCCAGGAUCUUACACAUGUCAAAUCUUCUGGAAAGGGGAUCCAGGAAUUGAAAACUUCAUCAUUCGCUUCAACUCUGAGGAGACCAUGAAGAAGUGGGCCACUCAAGUCGACACUCAAAGACGCGUAUGGAAAGAUCAAGCUCGAUCUAGUGCUAGCACGACAGCGUCCAAGCCAUCCGAUACACAGUUUGCAUACAUGCGCGACCAAGUCCUAGAGAACCCCUACCAGGAAGACGAUGAAGAGGAUGGCGAAGAGGACGUGGAUCCCAUGUCUACUGGCUUCCCACGAGACAGCUAUGGCAAUCGACAGAACAGCUCCAGUGCCUCCAUGCGGUCUCGAUCUACGACUGGUGAAAGUGGCCCACCGGUAGGUGAACCUCCUGCCCGCUUCCCAAUGGGAGGCCAACCACCUUUGACUUUACGCACUCAACAAAUACAGGCUGCCGCUGGUCAAGAAUCUUACUUUUCGCCAACUGUCGAGACACCCAUGUCGGUGCACUCGAAUGCGCGGACAAGCUCGCAAUCAGCUGGCACCUUUCCCUUUCCACGCCAAAAUCCACCGAAUAGCUACUCACAUGAGGAGAACAAUCGGUACACUGCCCCAGCUCAGACCCGGGCUCACAUGUCCCGUGGCGAGUCUGGCCAGUACCCCCAGGGAAGAGCCAUGCAACGGCCAUCGCUUCCGGCCAACACGACUCUAUCCUCCAACGGCCGGUUACGGGCGGCUAGUAGCCCCGACAUAAAUUCAAAUCUGCAAGUUCGCAAAUCCAACGGACAGCAACCCCCCGUACCAGAGGUGCCUCCAUUCCCGACGCACUAUGCCUACAACGCGGCAAUUGUCAAUCGCAGCAACAGCAACUCACCCCAAGGCGUGCCUCCACCACGAUCCGCAAGUCAGUCGCCGGCGAUACAGCGAGACCGCUUGAUCCAGCAGCGCACUGCCGCCGAGCUGGCAAACACGAACAAUGAAUAUUAUGGCGGCGCUCCACGACGUGAUCUCAGCCAUGCACCGAUGAACCGCACCAUGACGCCUGCCUCCUCCUUUGAGCGAAGCCAGGGUACGCUGACACCAGCUUCCAUGGAGUCAAGGAAUAUGUCCCCACCACUGUCGCAGGAUGCAAACAUCCCAGCCCAGUUGAAGGUCAAGGUACACUGUCCAUCUGCAGGCAGUUCCAUGGUUUUGGUUGUCAGCACCAAUAUCAGCUUCCAAUCACUCAAGGAUCGAAUCGACGCCAAACUUCAACGGUCCACAUCCGUAUCCCUUGGCUCCGGGCAGGUAAAGCUGAAAUACCUCGACAGCGAAGGGACUUACGUCAGUAUCCAAUGUGACGAUGACGUGCAAGAGGCUUUUGAGAACUGGAAGGAGCAACAACGAGACCUCAACCCCGGCGGAGGCCUGGGCGAAAUUGAGCUUUUCUGCCAACGAUGA